AUGCAACUCCUGAGGUCAAUAGGAUUUUUCCAUGGAAAUAUUUUAUUAUUUUGUGUCACAACAGGUGCAGGAAUCUUUGUGUCUCCUAAAGGGGUAUUAAAAUACUCUUCACUGAACAUAGCUGUCUCCCUGAGUAUUUGGGCUGCUUGUGCUGUUCUGACUAUCAUCAGCGCUCUCAGUGUUGCAGAGCUGGGGACAACUUUCCCUAGAGGUGGAGCACCUUACUAUUUCCUCAAAAGAUCUCUUGGAUCCUCUGUUGCUUUCCUCAGUCUUUGGAUCAAAUUUUUUAUUUAUCCCUUAGGAAUAGCUACGCAAAGCUUGAUAAUAUCUACCUAUAUAAUUCAGCCUUUCUAUACCAGGUGCCCAGCUCCAGAGCUACCAAAGAAAUGUCUAGCUUUGGCUAUUUUGUGGUCACUGGGACUUCUAAAUACUCGAGGGGUGCUAACAGUGGCUUGGUUUCAAACUAUCAGUGUUUUGAUGAAAAUCACUAUCCUCUGCUUCAUUUCCCUUACUGGGAUUGUACUGUUAGGGACUGGGAAAAAGGAGAAUGUGGCCAAGUUUGAGAAUUCUUUCGACGCUGAACUUCCUGGUGCCUCACAGAUUGCAGAAGCCUUACUCCAAGGAUUGUUUGCAUAUUCUGGUACAUCAAUCCUGAUCAACAUAGCAGGAGAGAUAAAAAAUCCCGGUGAGAAUAUUCCCAAAGCUCUGAUUACCGUUCUUCCCAUGGUGGCUGUUGUUUACGUAUUGGUGAAUAUAUCCUACCUGGCAGUUUUGACCCCUCAGGAAAUCAUCUCUGCAGAUGCUGUUGCUGUCACCUGGAUGGAUAAAGUAAUCCCUUCCAUGCAAUGGGUCAUUUCUUUUGGGAUUUCAACUUCAAUAGUUAGCAACAUAUGUUGUACAGUGCUUUCAGCAUCGAGGCUGUUCUACACAGCAAGCCAAGAAGGACAACUGCCUUUGAUCUUCUCCAUGCUUAAUAACUACCUCAGUCCAACUGUUGCUAUCACCCAGAUAAUCAUCUUAGCUUCUUGUCUUAUUAUAGCCUCAGAUUUAAUCAAUUUAAUAAAAUAUUCAGGAUUAUCAACCUGGGUUUUAAGAGGGCUAUAUAUGAUAGGUUUACUUAAACUAAGGUACCAGGACCCGAAUCUACCCAGACCUUAUAAGGUGCGUUUGCCAUUUAUAUUUGGAUCCAUAGCUAUAUCUUUGUUUCUAAUUUUGACACCAAUGAUUCAUUCUCCUAAAGUAGAGUAUAUCUAUGGGUUUAUCUUUAUUUUCAGUGGACUUCUGGGUUACAGGCUUCAUGUUCACCUUAAUCAACGUUCUGUUUGUUUUGAUAAAAUCACUUGUUAUUUACAAUUAUUAUUUAAUGUUUCACCACCUGAAGACCAAGAUGAAGGUAUUUCAACAGGAAAAAAACAUCUUGAAGAAAUCUUUUUGUAA